GAAAUGAAUAUUUAUAUUGCAAAAUGGGUGCUUUCACUUUUUUUUCUCAUUUUAAUUUUCGAUAAUGUUCCCAUGUGCUGGGGGAGACGAGACAACGUGUGUGUAUGUAUACCGAAAAUAUGGUGAACCGAGGAAAUUUUGGUCGGAUUGCUAAGGAACCGGCAGAUCGAAUGGCGAUCGUAUAAAUAUGGAACUUUUCGGGUUAUCGGACAUCAGUCGUUGAUUAACAACAUAACAAGAAAGAUGAAGGUGUUCGUGUGCCUUCUAGCUGUGGUAUCCUAUGCAUCGGCAGGCCUUUUGUUCGGAGGAGGUGGCGGAGGAGGAGGCGGUGGAGGAGGAGGAGGUUGGUCUAGCGGAGGAGGUGGAGGCGGAAGUGGAGGAGGAGGAUGGUCUAGUGGAGGAGGUGGAUGUGGAGGCGGCGGAUGUGGCGGCGGCGGCGGAGGAGGAGGAGGAGGAAAGCUGCUGAAAGUUAUUAAGAUUAUCGAUAAUGGAGGUGGUGGAGGUGGUGGCCACGGAGGCGGCGGCGGCGGUGGUGGUCAUGGAGGCGGUGGUUGGUCCUCAGGCGGAGGAGGAGGAGGAGGCCAUGGUGGAGGUGGAGGAGGAUGGUCUUCUGGCGGCGGUGGUGGAGGUGGUCAUGGAGGUGGAGGCGGCGGUGGAGGCGGAGGACAACUAAUUAAAGUUAUUAAGAUUAUCGAUAAUGGCGGUGGUGGCCAUGGAGGUGGUCAUGGUGGCGGUGGACACGGACAUGGUGGAGGUGGCGGAGGACACGGAGGUGGCGGAGGCGGCGGAUAUGGAGGUGGCGGUGAAGUCAAAGUUAUUAAAAUCAUUCAUGCCGGCGGAGAUGGAGGACAUGGAGGUGGAGGCGGAGGUGGACACGGACACGGUGGAGGUGGAGGAGGACACGGAGGCGGCGGAUAUGGAGGUGGAGGUGGCCACGGAGGAGGCGGCGGUGGUGGCGGUAGUGUCAAAAUCAUAAAAAUUAUUGAUGGAGGAAACGCUGGAGGAGGCGGUGGUCACGGAGGCGGAGGUUAUGGCGGCGGUGGUGGCCAUGGAGGUGGAGGAUAUGGCGGCGGCGGUGGCCAUGGAGGUGGAGGAUAUGAUGGAGGACAUGGAGGUGGCGAUUCUUACCAAAUUGUUCCAGUACCAAUUGACGUAGGAGGUGGCGGCGGAGGAUAUAGUGGAGGCGGAGGAUAUGGAGGCGGCGGAGGUGGAGGAUGGGAUGCAGGAAGUUCAGGCGGCGGCGGAGGUGGAGGAUGGGAUGCUGGAAGUUCAGGUGGAGGAGGCGGCGGUGGAUGGGAUGCUGGAAGUUCUGGAGGCGCUGGAGGUGGAUGGGACUCAGGCAGCAGUGGCGGCGGAUACCACUACUAGUUUUUGUUAUACGGAAAAUGGUUAAUUGGACUUGCGGAAAAUGUUUUCUCUCGACUAUCGAGAAAAUGCAAUUCAACCCAUCAGUCAUUUGAUGUACUUGUUGUAUAUAUUUAUUUUCCAUUGUUAUUGUUAAAUUUGUUCGACUGAAUUCUAAUUGAAAUAAGAAAAUACCGUUAAUUCGAAAA